CGUCAUGGAGCCGGAACAGCUGCUGGAAGGACAGACGCCGGGUUCAGAAAAUCCUCACUCCGAGUAUGGCCUCACGGAAAACGUCCAGCGAAUAGUGGAAAAUGAGAAGAUUAAUGCAGAAAAGUCAUCAAAACAGAAGAUGGACCUUCAAUCAUUGCCAACUCGUGCCUACUUGGAUCAGACAGUUGUACCCAUUUUAUUACAGGGACUUGCCGUGCUUGCAAAAGAAAGACCUCCAAAUCCCAUUGAAUUUCUAGCGUCGUAUCUUUUAAAAAACAAGUCACAGUUUGAGGAUCGACACUAAUUUCGGGAAAAGAAUAAAAUAAUUUGGUUGUUACUGUAGAUAUAUAUGAUUAAGAGGCAGUUUAUAUUGCCAUGAUUCCUUUUUUUUUCUUUUGAAAGUAUAUGAAUGUUCAGGACCACAGAUCUUGUUUCAGUAACUCCAGAAGGGAACAUAUUUCCCUUAUUCUUUAUUUAAUGAACAUACUUA